CUUUGCUUCAAUACCGGCGUGUAUACGAAGCGUGAAAAAUUGCAGUAUAAGGAGAAAGCAGUUCAAACGAAGUGCUGAAGUUUCUCGAUGCCAUUAAGGAAUUCUGUGUGCCGCACACUGAAGACGCAGAAAUUUCUAGAUAAGUAUGCUGAAUAUUCAGAGUCUGAGAUUUAUAUUCUAUAGUGGUCAGAGAUGUUUUCAUCAUGCAGUAUCUAGUCCCAAAAAACUGGUAACUGUUGUAAGAAAACCUGUUGUGUUGUAUAUUACAUCCUGUAAGCUUCAUUUAAGUACACUACAUUUUACUAAUGGAGAAAAAGAAGGUGUUGUAAAGAGCUUAUCUGCCCUUCAGGCCAAAAAAAGAGUACCCAAGAAAAAAGUUAAAGUGGGAAAGGAAUACACUGAUCAGGAAUAUUGGCAAGCUGUAGCAUAUAGUUCAGCUGAAGAAUAUGAUAUGCCGUUAUUAUCAAAAGAGCUAGAGAAACAAGGAUUGUAUGAGCAUUGCAAGCUACCAGAAGAUGCUGGUGAAGUUAUUCAUGUGAUUGCUAAGUACAUGGUUGGAAAAGAACCUCGUCACAUCUAUUUUUUUAGUGAAGGAAGUGUUGUGUUUUGGAAUGUUCCUGAUUUAGAACAACAAUCUGUUCUUAAUUUUCUGAAACCUUUCGAGACCAAUCCAUAUGAUUCAAAAUUAGUGAAUGCAGAAAAAGAAGAUUUAGAUUAUUUAUAUUCUGAGGAUAAAACAAAAUUUUUAGAUGGAAGAAUUAUUCUUCAUUCUGAAGGAAAUACUGAUCUUUAUACAUACACCUUUUCUAAUAGCAUGGCACUUUCAGUGAAAUUGGCAAUGUGGGAGGUAGCACUUGAAAAAUAUAUUGAUAGUAUGGAGUGGGUAACUGAGAAUAUGAAGGAAGGCAAAAAAAUUACUAUGUCACGAGAUCAAGUAUUCAAAAAAAGGGGAGAAUUAUUUGCUUUAAGGCAUGUUAUAAAUUUGAGUUCAAAUUUAUUAGACACUCCGGAUUUUUAUUGGAAUCGCCAAGAUCUUGAAAUUUUAUAUCACCAGACUUGUGAGCAUUUAAAUAUAGCAGAAAGAACUAAGGUAAUGAAUAAUCGCCUGAAUUAUUGCUCUGAAUUAAUAGAUUUGCUUGGCAAUCAUAUGAGUGAUAAGCAUCAUGUGCGUUUAGAAUGGAUGAUUAUUAUUUUAAUCAUGGUUGAGGUUGUAUUUGAAUGUUUGCAUUUUGCUGACAGAUUUAUCCAUUGAUAGUCUUCAAAUAAGUAAAUUAUGCAAAUCAUCCAAAGCAGGAGCAAUCAUCUGCUGAAGCAAUCAAUGCAAAUCUAUCUACUGAAGCAGGAGAAGGACCCAUAUGGAAGACUUUGUGAGGGAAAAUUAGUUGGUGUUUAUGUUUGUAUUACAUUUAGAGAAAAUCCUAAAAACUUAAUGUAGCAGGAUUAUCAACUGCCAGGAAUCAAACCUGGCAAAAAUGAGUAGUGUUCUGUUGUUUUUUAGUUACUCAUUAUCAUAUGUACAGGCAUUGUCACUUUUCAAUAUUUUUUAGUUACCUUUAUCAUUUCAAAUGGUUAUGUAUUUCAUAAUAUGACUUAGUUCUUCAGUUUAUAUGAUUAAUUUGUAAUUCUUUGAAAUAAUAUGACUUUAUAUUUGUAUACAGUAAUUUUUAAGGGAAAAAUUAUUUAUUAUUGUUUUGAUUUGUAAAAAAAAAUAUUGAUAUUACCAGUGAAAUGUCUGUUAAAAAAAAAAAAUACAAAGAUUUCACCACGAGCUAAAGCUGGUUCAAGAAAAGGAGGGGUGCUUCUGUUUUUGAGACAUUUGAAUAUGCAUCUUUAUUAAUAAAAAUUACUUAAUUAU